AUGGCGGGCGACAAGGGGUCUGCCUAUGGCACCCCAGCCUCGGACACGUCCUUCAGGCGCAACUACGAUCUCGACGAAUAUGCCGAAAAGGCCAAGGUGCGCGAGGGCGCCGAGCGCGAAGAGGCCAAAGCGCGGUACGAGGCCAAGAUGGCAGGCAAGAAGUACUACAAGCCGGCGACAGGCGACGAGACACACACGCGGGCGCGGCGGCAGAUCAUCGACCUCGAGGCCAACGUGGGCAAGACGACGCUGGUGCCGGCUGGCGCGGGCCAGGGCAAGAGGGGCCGGGGUGCGGGCUUCUACUGCGCGGCCUGCGACCUCACGUUCAAGGACAACAUCCAGUGGGUCGAGCACGUCAACAGCAUGCAGCACCUGCGCGCCAUUGGCGAGACGGGCGAGGUGAAGAAGGCGAGCGCCGCCGACGUGCACGAGCGCAUCGCCGAGGUGUGGGAGCGGCUGCAGGAGCAGAAACGCGCGGCCACGACGACGCUGAAGGAGCGCCUCGAGGUCCGCGAGGAGGAGGAGGCGAGGGAGAGGGAGGCGAGGCGCGCGAAGAGGCUCGAGGAGCUGGCCAAGAAGAAGGCCGCGAAGGAGGACGCCGAGAAGGUCAAGGUCGAGUACGGCGAGGAUGUCCGCGUCGAGGGCGAACACGACGAGGAGGAUAUGAUGGCGGCUAUGGGUAUCACGGGUUUCGGCACGUCGAAAAAGUAA